AUGGCGGUAACGCGGAGAGCCUUGCGAUGGCAGCAGCACGCGGCGGCUCUGCUGUUCCUGCUGAUCUCUCACGCUCUCCUCCUCGUAUCUCAUUCCUCGUUCACAUUUCAGGCCUUCCAGAGCUAUUUCCACUCGAGCUCCACAGCUCCCAAGGCUCCGGAAAGCUUCUUGUUCGACGAUUUUACCAAGGAGAAUGUCCAUGGGCAGACAGCAUAUCACCGGCUGUGCACUCUGUUGGGAGAGAUGAUAUCUUUCUCCUCCUUUUACACUCUUUUUCUUGCUCUGCACGAGGCAUUUCAUCUGCUUGCUGCUGCUCUCGUCGGCCUCGCCCACCGCUCUCUGCGAAUUAGCAACUUUGUGGACGCCUUGCUGCAUCAGCGCGUGACAAUCAAGGGGGCUGAGGGAUGGCGGUCAACUCUCAUACGUCAUGCAGGAUGGAUAGGAAGCAUGGCGGUGACUUUGGUCGUCUGCGCGAGGGGCUUCAGCGGAUCUUGCAAGAUAGCAGCUUUCUUUACCUUGAUUGACUCGUUGUGCUCCGACCUGCUUGGCAUACAUCACGGGUCAGCAAGCGAUGAAGUUUUUCACUGUGGGAACUUUGGAAUCAUCAUAUUCGACAAGGAGAAGAGAGGACAAGUGUACUCUUUCCUCAAGACCAUGGUUCGAAUCACCAUGAUGCGAGGCGCGCAGUCUGGAGGGAUUGUCACCUAUGUGCCGAAGAAGGAUGGGCUCAAGGGAAUCAGAAGUCGAGUAGUCAACGGCAAGCGAACAGAUCUAUCUGAGCUCGUCACUUCCAAGUUGUGGCACGACCAGCUCUGGGCAAGCCUCCGCUACGGGCUGCGCGACGACGUUCGAGUGUAUGCGGGGCACACGAGGUUUGCGACGUCAUCGAAAGCUUCGCUUGAUGGGACGCACCCACAUCAAUGGACGCCAGCCGCGGACUACACCUUCUGGGAGGACAAGACGUCAUGGAUGAAGACGACGAAGAAUGUUGAGGUCUACAUCUGUCACAAUGGAGACUUCGAUGCUCUCGAGCUGGGAGGCUCGACGUACCCUCUGGAGGACAUCAUGGAGUGCUAUCACCCGUGCCCGUCGACCGUUGACAGCGCGGGAGUCGCGGGAGUCAUGGACGUGAUGAGGACGCAGGGGCUCUGGUUUCAUUCCCUUCGGUUCGGCUUUCUGUUCGGCCCUGAACGCACAUCUCUCAAGUAUGAAGUCCCUCCCAAGGAAGCUUUCGUCUCUCUGGCGAGAAUCGCCGAUGAUGUCUUUCAGAAGACUGUCCAAACUGCAAAGAUGGAUCGAAGGAUCUUGAGGCAGGAGGUCAAGUCAAACCUCGUCGAGGCGUUCGGACAGAUUCUGGGACUGAAUGCAGAGAGCGGAGAUGUGAAUCGCCUUGUCAACACAGCUGUAGAUGCGUUCUUCGACCAAGAUCUGUUCCAGGCCACCAGGUUCUUCCUGUCACGGGCCAAGGGAUCCUUCGGACUGUGCGUCUCCUGCUCGCUUGAUUCCCAUCGACAAAUCGUGUUGGCGGCAAGGGGUCAAACGAUUUCUCUAGCCUUCUAUCCCAACUCGGGAGUGGUGCUUUGGGGAUCUGAGCAAGCGGCGGUGAAGGCAGCGCUUGUGGGAGACUCGAAGCACUUCGUUGCCAUCCAUGAGUGCAGCCGUUGCGGAUAUGCAGGAGCCGGACACGAAGAUGAUGGAGCCGUUCGUCUUGACUUGGACGACCUGGGAGGAGAGGUCUGCCUGGUGGACUGGGGGACAGGAAAAGCGACGCGAUCUGCCAUGACGGAGGAGCUGCCGGUGCAUCAGCUCAUGGACAACAAGCUGACCAUCACGCUGUCUCAGGAGACUCUUGGCAAGCUGGGAAACUUCAAGAAGCGACUUGUCCGCCUCCACGACAACCCGCUGAUCAAGCCGCUUCCUCCCGUGUACCCAGACCCAGUAGGGAAGGACAUCGCAGACAUCCCGUACGUGCUCAACAAGAUCCAGCAAGACUGGGACGAGGGCAACAGCGUCAACUGCAUCACGUCCUGGUGGUUCUCGCGGGAGCUGAUCAAGAGGCUCAAGCGGUACGAGGCCGGCACUCACGAUGGCUCCAUCGACGUUCUGCUCACGGGCUGCGAAGUGUCUCUGUGGGUCGCGGAGCAGUUCGCGUCCGACCUCGCGCAGGUGUUUCCGCGCAUCUCAGUGCGGGUCAUCUCCUCCAACAAGCUGCUGGGCCUGUUUGGUCAGGAGUUUGCGGUCCCUCAGACGGGCCAUCAGUUCAACGAGGAGAGCUGGAAGCUCACCAACACCAUCGUCCUCAUCGUCAGCCACAGCGGCGGCACCUUCGGCUCCCUCGCUGUCGCCAACCUCCUCCGCGCCUACACCGAAGUCAUCUUUGUCGUCGCGUCCGAGAGCGACACGCAGAUAGGCAAGCAGCUGCGGCAGCUCAACCCGGCCGGUAUGUGGGACUUCAAGUGCUCCACCUUCUCCACCGAGGUCGGGAUCCGCCCAGCUGAGCCCUGCACCGUCAGCGUCGUUGCCUCCCACCAGCUGCUGACCCAGCUGCUCAUCUACCUCAUGAAGAAGGUGCAGCUUGACGGCAUGGAGGAAGCGAGCGGAGGGAAGUACACGGUAGAGGACGUGAAGGUGCUUGAGGAGCUGCAUGCCGAGAACUUCACGGCGAUGGAGGACAUCGUCGGGUACGACAGGAACGGCAUCGCAUGCCCGACGUACACGUCCGAGGAGCUCAAGAAGAGAGGAAGGUACUGGUCGCUCCAUGUGCUUGAAGUACCCAUGUCGUGGAUGCUGUCCUUCUGCUACAUCCUUGGGACGCUGGGUCGUCCCCUCAAGCAUCGCAUGACCUCUCGCUCGCUCGUCAUCGCCGACAUCCCCUGGGUGGCUCAGAGCGUCGAGGCAUACGUGAGCAAGCUCUUCGCCUGCGCCUAUAGCGCCACCAGCCUCAACGUCUACAGCGCCAACCCCUCGGACCACCUCGUGCACAGGAUGACCCACCGGGUGGUCAGAGGAUGCCUACUGGCUUGCGGCAGACCCGACGGGCGGCUGAUCGCCUUGACGUCAGCCGAGGCCUCCGCCUGCCUGUCCGUCAACCAGGCCUCCUCCAUCCAGAGCAUCGGGUCGACAUGCGAGAGCCUGACUAUCGGGCACAACCCCUACAAGCUCUCGCUGUCUGCCCAUGCUGUCUUCCUCAAGAGCUUCCGCAAGCAGGCGAGCCGCUGCCGCUGCCCCCCUCUCUCUCUCUCUCUUUCUGUCCUCCGGCUCCUUGAGCAGCAGCAGUAUCUCAUCUCACAGUUGCAUCUGCAGUUCAUCUGCGAACACGCGCUGCAGCGAGAGUUCGGCAAGGAUUUUCUCAACAAGUCUAGCAGCGGGGUCAUCCUCGGAGCAUACUCCAACAUCAAGAAGAGGAACAUGAGGAGGAGGAAGAAGUCAGUGAUAGAUGACACGGAAACAACGAAGAUGGACGGCACUGUCACAUCCUACGUCUCCUUCAAUCAAGGAGGCAACGACUGCAGCAUCUCCAUUCGAUCCCCCGAGGAGACAGGGCAUGGCCUGAUGGACGUGAGCGAGCACACUCAUGAGCUGGUGGAGCUCAUGAACGAGGGGAAGUUGCACCGGAAGAAGUCGAAGAAAGAGAUGAAGUCGCUGCUGGGAGAGCUGCACAACAAGAGCAUGCGCGUGCAGAUGGAGGAGAACUACUACGGGGAGCUGCUGGAGAAGGAGAUGGAGGGGACGCCUCUCAUGGAGCUCGUCAACUCGCAGACCGUGGCGAUGCGGCUGUACGAGUCGAGGAUCGCGUCCAUGCAGCGCUGCGUCGCGUUCUACGUGAUGUUCCAUGCUCUCGGCAAGCGAGUGCAAGACUUCUGGCCGUCGGUGUCGCUGGGGUACCUGCGCUACGACAUGAGCAGGACUCACUCCAUCAUGCGCAUCGCCACCACCGCCUCCCCGGUGAGCGGCGCGGAGGUCAGAGACAUCACUAUCGAGCUCGAGCAGAAGCGACGCAUCGCGCACUCCCGCACCCUCCUGUCGAGGUACUUGGAGAAGAGGAAGCUGCGGCUGCAGAGGGAGAAGGAGAGGGCGAGGAUGGAGGAGGAGACGAGGAAGAAGUUGCUCUCCCGCUUCGACCCGGAGCAGAUCUCCAUGCUGGGAAAGCUCAUGGGCACGCAGCUCAACACGGCAGACCCGAGCAUGGUAGUGCUGCAAGCCAUCGUUGAUGGUAAGAAGCCGGGAGAUCUUAAGGAUGCAGCGCCGGAGGAGGUGGCGAGCUCGCUUCAGGAACCAGCAUCCCCUGACAUCCAGCCUGUGGAGGUAGAGGAGGAAGACGAGCGACGGGCUGCCGCAGAGCUGCCCCUGGCGGAGUCAAGCGAAGUAUGA